AUGGAUACAAUAUCGGAUGAUGAAUUUUUAUAUUUUGGUUCCAUGCUAACAAAUUUUGCGUAUCAUUCUGGUUCAAUACAUUUAAGUCAUUUCGAUUCUGUCAAUGAAUUACAAUUUCAUUCAUUGAACAAUGAAUUUAUUCAACACUCAACGACGUCAAUACCGAUGGAUAUUGAAGCCAAACAAUUAAUUCUUCCGUGUAUGCCAACAAAUUUUAUUGAAAUACCAACCCUAGGCGAUAACCUAAAAUCUAUAAAUGAUGAUUUCUGUCGACCAUUAAUUAAAACAGAACUUUCUAGUCGUUUAAAAGGUAUUAUAUCGGGUGUUCGAUCAGCUUUAAUAAAAUGUAAUUCAACAAAGUGGUAUCGAUUAAAAGGAUGUGGCGAUAAUACAGAUGGCUUUUCAAUUAAACCUAUUUCGCAGUCAGACACAAAAUUAACUAUUCGAGGAUGUGCAUUUCUUCAUACGACUCAUCGUGAAUUAUUUAUGACAUAUUAUAUAUCACAAUUACUUGCUCCACAUAAAAUUCAAUGUGCAAAUAGUUCGGUUGGUUGGUUUGAAUAUAAAUUAGAAAAUGAAACUUUCGACAAUAUCAUUACUUCUGAUAUUCCAAUAGUACAAGAUAAAAAUAUAAAUCAAUGGCCAAAUACUCUACGUUGCUGUAUUCUUAUGGAAACAUUGGGUAAUAAACGUCUAUCAGAUCAUGUUUUAUUUGGUAUCGAACAAUUGUUGUGUAUGAUUAUUUCUCAUGAUAAAACACACCCUGUUAAUCAGUCCAAUCUAAUAUCCCUAUUUCCAUCAGAACGUUUGACAAAAUCAGAUGAAAAUAAUGAAAAACUUAUACCUUUAUCAACAUGGUUCGCAUUAUUAACCAAUAUACUUCAACCAGUUGAUUAUCUCAAAUCGAAUUGGCUGCACAGUUCAUCUUAUUUGUCUGAGGAAGUACCUGCGGACAUGGAUGGAGAUCAAUGGAGAAAUUUAUGGAAAGUUAAUAUUUUAAUUUUAAAUAAAUAUUUACAAACCAAACAGCCAUUGUCUGAUCUUUUAUGUUUACUUUAUAAACGAUUUGGUUUUGAAUGUGGAUCAAUUCUUGGUCUUAUGCAUUAUCAUCGAAUAAGUUGGGGUACCUAUAAAGAUGAAUUAGGUAUGCAUUGCAAUGCUCAUCCGAACAAUUUAGUUAUUAAAUUAUCUACACCGGCAUCAUCUUUCUUAUUAGCGCCAUUAGACUUUGAUAUGAGUUUUACAGAAACAGGCUAUUUACCAAACAUAUAUAAUAAUCAAUUAUUUGAUGAGAUAAUCAAAUUAGAACUAUCAGCUUUUCAAUUAACAUUAGGUGGAGAUUCUCAAGCGAGUAGCGGUGUAACAGUUUGGGUAGAAAUGCCAGAUAAUGAAUGGACAAGUGCUCGUUGGUUGUUGAGAGAUAUUAUGUUAAAUGAAUUCAAUAGAGUCUAUCUUGAAACAAUUCAGAAUGGAUCAACUAUCAAGACAUCGGAGUCGUUUUCUAAUGAACAAAAUAAUGCUGUACAAUCACUCAUUCGUCUUGCUCUGAUGAAAACAAUGAAGGAGAUUGGCUAG